GUUACAAUGUGUCCUUAGUUUUUGACUUGGAAAAUAUACCAGAAGACUACCAAGAUAUUAUUCAAAAAGCUGGUCUCUUGAAAAGAAACUGCUUUGCUUCUGUUUUUGAAAAAUAUUUUGAAUUCCAAGAAAAGGGAGAAGAAGGGCACAAGAGAGCUGUUAUACAUUAUAGAGAUGAUGAAACUAUGUACGUAGAAGCUCUACCAGAUCGAGUUACUGUUGUGUUUAGCACAAUCUUCAGAGAUGAAGAUGACAUCAUCAUUGGCAAAGUUUUCAUGCAGGAAUUCAAGGAAGGAAGAAAAGCAAGUCACACUGCACCACAAGUCCUUUUCAGUCACCGUGAACCUCCCCGAGAGCUUGAACAUACAGACGCAAGAGUUGGAGACAACAUUGGCUAUAUAACUUUUGUUUUAUUUCCCAGACACACCAACAAACAAGCUAGGAACAACACUAUUAACUUGAUCCACAUAUUCAGAGAUUACCUUCACUACCAUAUUAAAUGUUCCAAGGCUUAUAUCCAUUCACGAAUGAGAGCUAAAACAUCAGACUUUCUGAAGGUUCUUAAUCGAGCCAGACCAGAGCCCAAAAAUGUUGAAAAAAAGACAAUUACUGGUCGAACGUUUAUUCGAACCUAAAGGAAUAUAGCUUCCAUUAUUAGUAGUUAGGAUUGUAUAUGCUUGAGGACAAUUUUGUGAAAUGUAAAGCUUAAAGUUUUUUAACACUUGCUAUAUUUUUUCAGUUAUAUAUAAAAUCUUGAAUUAAAUAAUUCUGUUAUUAGGAAUUUUUAUUUUAAACUAACUAAAGAUAUGUUGUAUGUGUUUCACUGAAAACUUGAAAUUGGUAAAAGUUGAUUGGAAAUGUUAAUAUAAUUAUCUUUGUAAUUUCAUUCUUAUUAAAUAUUUUACUUUUG